GCCUCAAAGAGAUGCCGCAUGCAGAAAAAUAUGGCUUGCAUUUUGAAGAAGUAAAUCAAAAUUAGAUAACUCCUGUCAUCGUUUUUAGAAAUAGGUGUACAUGAAUCCACGUGGUCCUUUUUUGCUAUUGGCAUUUCGACAAUUAUUUAAACCAGUGGCCUUCAGCAACGCCUUCACGUUCUUUCAGAGGACUGCAAGUUUUCAUACAUUCUGUGCAGACUGCCACAGGGGUGCUGUGUUCUGGUGUCAGUUUAGUCAAAAACGUCAACUACUAUUUAAGAGCAGAGCCAUGCCAAAGAAAGAUAAACUGGGUAAAGGUGCAAAAACACAACCAGAACAGAGCAUACCGGUAGGUCCAGUGUCACGAAACAAGGCUGGAGGAAUUUCGAUAGCAGUUCACGCUAAGCCUGGAUCCAAGCAAAAUGCCAUUACUGAUGUGUCGCCAGAAGCGGUAGGUGUCGCUAUUGCUGCACCCCCAACUGACGGAGAGGCGAAUUCUGAAUUGAUUCGGUACCUAUCCAAGGUGCUGAAUGUGAAGAAAAGCGAAGUAGUUUUGGACAAGGGUUCCAGAUCCAGAGAAAAGGUCAUCAAUGUGUCUGGAUCGCUGAGUCCUGAAGAGGUUCUGGAGAGACUGAAGGCAGAGUCAACGCAGUGAAAGUACACUCACUUGAAUGCAGAAGGCAGAUUCCACUGUAAAGAGUGGGCAGUCAGAGGCUUUGGCCAUCCAUACACCUACUUCUCACGUGGAAGCAGAGGAGCUGGAUGAUGUCAUAGUCCACAUGCCAGAGGCAUCCUGCGUCCCCUCAGGUGUCAUGGUGCUCACCACAUCUAUUGUGAUCAGCGGAAGAUCCAACGCCAGGCAGGAAUGUAAUUAUUCAUGUAUUAAGAACUGCAGACUGAAGUUCAUCUGACAAAUGCUCUGGCCUUGUCAUCAAAACAGGCAUCUGGACAAGCAGAAAGAAUGUAGAAUGGGGACAAGGUCUGACAGGUGGCUUUUUUGUCACAAAGAGAGCUUGGUUUAUCAGAUGCUCAGAUAAAAUGAUGGAGAUUAAUGGGUUUGAUCAAAGACAGUGUGUGUGUUAACAUCUAAACAAAUAAGGAAUAUGCUAAUACCCCUGCUUACAGACAAAGAGAAUUAUUCUGGUGAAGAAACGUUUUUAACAAGUGCAGUGCGCUAAGCCCCCCACACAUGAGCUUGCAUGCCCAUUCGGCCUGGGUCAUAUCUCAAUCUCACCCUGUCCCCCCCCCCUAAUUUCCCAUCUCCAUCUUUUACUGUCCUGUCUAAAUAAAGUAUAAAAAUGACCAAAACAAUUAAAAAGAAGGUCUCUGGGUAACUCAACAGAAUGAAUUACUGACCAAAUUGUCCUGAUAAGAUGCAACCUUACUGUAACAUGUUCUAACACUACCAAUGUUUUUUUGCUCAAUUCAAGUUCCAUAAUUAAAUGUAUUUUCUUUUA